AUGACAAUUACUGUUCGUAUACUUGUAUAUGGUUGUGCAGCCGAUCACUAUGAUGAGUAUAUUAAAAUCGGCGAGGGCACUGCCAUUAAAUGCUUGAAGGCAUUUUGUAAUGCUAUUGUUGCUGUGUAUGCAGAUGAGUAUAUGCACCCACCCAACGAAGCCGACACAACAUGGCUGCUUGAAGAAGGGCAGCAGAGAGGAUUUCUGGGUUAUAAAAAACCUAUAGUCACAAAGGAUGGUGUUACCAUUGAAAAGGAAGAGUCUGAGUGGACUCAAGCUGAGAAUAAUGCUCAAGAAGGAAACACCAAAGCUUUCUUUUCUUUAUUGAAAUCUGUUGUCCAAUCCGAGUUAGCUCGUAUUGCUCAUUAUACAAUUAUAAAAGAGACAUGGGAUAUACUUCAACUUACCCAUGAAGGUACAGAUGAAGUCAAAUCUUCAAAGAAUGAGAUGCUUGUGUUUCAAUUUGAAAAUCUUAAAAUGGAAGAAGAUGAAACCUUUUCUGAGUUUUACAUGAAACUUAACCAUAUUAUGUCUGGCCUUCGAAACCUAGGAAAGAAAGUGACACAUAAGAAGAUUAACAAGAAAAUUCUUAGGUUUUUGCUUGAAAGGUUCAGAAUCAAAGUUGAAACAUUGCAAGCAACUCAAAACAUCAUUGCCAUGUAUGAUAGUGAGUCUGAUGAUGAAAUUACUCUCAUCACUAAGAAGUUCAUAAAUUUGAUCAAGUCUGAAAAAAUGAAUGCAUUUAAGAAAGGGGGAGAGUCAAGGAAUAAAGAGUCUUUAUCUAGAGGAAGUGGGAGACAAGAUAAAAGGAGAGAAGAUGAGUCUAAAAGAAUUGAGAUUAAAUGUUGGACAUGUGGUGGUAUAGGUCAUACAUCAACAGUUUGUCCAAGUCCUAAAAAUUGCUUUAUUGCUAGGAAAGAGUCCAAAGAUAAAAACAAGGAUGACUCGGAUUUUAAGGACAUAGCAAAACCUAAUGAUGAAAAAUUUUACAUGGAAGCAACAAAGGAGAAUUAUGGUAAAGCCAUCAAUGAAUUGUAUGUUACAUAUGUUCAAACGAAGAAAGGCUUCAAUAAGUAA